AUACUCUUGUUCGCCUAUCUUCCUUCUCCUCCGAACGAGCUGCGAAAGCAAGAGAGCCGAAGAUGCAGAUCUUCGUGAAAACCCUAACCGGCAAGACAAUUACUCUCGAGGUCGAGAGCAGCGACACCAUUGACAAUGUCAAGGCCAAGAUCCAGGACAAGGAAGGGAUCCCACCGGAUCAACAGCGUUUGAUCUUCGCCGGAAAGCAGCUCGAAGAUGGUCGUACAUUAGCCGACUACAAUAUCCAGAAAGAAUCUACACUUCACCUUGUUCUGAGGCUUAGAGGAGGUAUCAUUGAGCCAUCAUUGAUGGCAUUGGCUCGUAAGUACAAUCAAGACAAGAUGAUCUGCCGCAAGUGCUAUGCUCGUCUCCACCCGAGGGCUGUGAACUGCAGAAAGAAGAAGUGUGGUCAUAGCAACCAGCUGAGGCCUAAGAAAAAGAUCAAGUGAGCGACCGUCUUUUUGGGGUUUCUACCUUGCUUUUCAGUUGGAUAUUGUUAGGCCAAUCUAUUCUGAGACUUUAGUGUAAUGUUUGCCAUUCUGGAUUCUGGUUUAAUGCAACUACUUUGCUUGGUACGCAGUUGGUUUGAUGGAUCUGUUUGGAUGGUGUUUUCCUCUCAUGUUGUUUCAUCAAAACUUG